AUGUGCAUGGAGGUUUUGAUUUCGGGGAAAGGAAUGAAGGAGGGGCUUCCCUUUUGGGAAAGGAAUGAAGGAGGGGCUUCCCUUUUGGAUUUUGCUAGGGCUUUUGGGUUGUGGGUAGCGAAUUCAAGCCUCCCGAAGAAGGAGGAGCACCUUAUUACCUGUCGUAGUUCGGACAGAAAGAAGAGAGGAAUGGAGGAUCGACCAAGGAUUAAGUCGGAUAGUUUGACUUUGGCCAAUGCGUUGGAGAUAGAGGAGAGGUUGACGACUCGGGGGGCUUGGGAGAGUAGAAGGGAUGUGGACAGUAUGCGGGAGACGACUGCCAGUUGCAUUAGGGAAACUGCUAAAGAGGUGGAGAGCAAGGAUGACGAGGAGAAGCGGACGAAUAAAGAAAAGUAUAAGUUAGCUAGGAAAGAGGCUAAGCUAGUGGUUACUGCCGCGACAUCGAUUUUCGAGAGCUUGUAUUCGGCUUUAGAGGAAAAAAGCGGGGAUAGAAAGUUGUAUAGGCUUGCCAAGGCUAGGGAGCGAAAACUUUUAAACGACGAGGGGGAUAAGGGUUUCAUCCUGGAGGACUUGGAGAACUCAGAAAAGUGUCGUGAUUAUGGUUAUUGUAGGCGUAUCAAGGUAGAGGAGGUCAAGGGGGCUAUUCACAGAAUACAUAGGGGCAGGGCGACUGGGCCAGAUGAGAUUCUGAUUCCGGUGGACUUUUGGAAGAGCACUGGCGGGGCAGGUUUGAAGUGGUUGACGAGAUUGUUUGACACCAUUUUUAGGGCGGUCGCUCGACUACUGAGGCCAUUCGUGAGAUUAGUAAAGCAGCUAAAGGAGAGAAAGAAAGACUUGUACAUGGUGUUUAUCAAUCUUGAGAAGGCGUAUAACAAAGUUCCCAAGGAGAUAUUGUGGAGGUGUUUGGAGGCUAGAGAGGUGCCCGUGGCAUACACUAGGUCGAUACAGGACAUGUACGACGAUGGGAAGACUCGAGUGAGGACGGCAAGAGGGGAUUCGAAGCACUUACCAGUUUUCACAGGGUUGCACCAGGGUCGACUCUUAGCUCGUUUUUAUUUGCCUUAG